AUGAGACUGGCCGGGCACAUUCAAAAUGGCGGAGUGUGGAGCGAGCGGCAGCGGGAGCAGCGGGGACAGCCUGGACAAGAGCAUCACGCUGCCCCCCGACGAGAUCUUCCGCAACCUGGAGAACGCCAAGCGCUUCGCCAUAGACAUAGGUGGCUCACUGACCAAGCUGGCCUACUACUCCACCGUGCAGCACAAAGUCGCCAGAGUGAGGUCCUUCGACCACUCGGGCAAGGACACAGAACACGACCACGAGCCGCCCUACGAGAUCUCCGUGCAGGAGGAGGUCACCGCUCGGCUGCACUUCGUCAAGUUCGAGAACACCUACAUAGAAGCCUGCCUGGACUUCAUCAAGGAUCACCUCGUCAACACCGAGACAAAGGUCAUCCCGGCCACUGGGGGUGGCGCCUACAAGUUCAAGGAUCUCAUCGAAGAGAAGCUGCAGCUGAAAGUUGACAAGGAGGACGUGAUGACUUGCUUGAUAAAGGGGUGCAACUUUGUGUUAAAGAACAUCCCGCACGAGGCCUUCAUGUAUCAGAAAGAUUCCGACCCUGAGUUCCGAUUUCAGACAAAUCACCCCAACAUUUUCCCGUAUCUUCUUGUCAAUAUUGGUUCUGGAGUCUCUAUUGUGAAGGUGGAGACCGAGGACAGGUUCGAGUGGAUUGGCGGCAGCUCCAUUGGAGGUGGCACCUUCUGGGGGCUUGGGGCUCUGCUCACCAAAACAAAGAAGUUUGAUGAGCUGCUGCAUCUGGCUUCCAGGGGCCAGCACACCAACGUAGACAUGCUGGUGCAGGACAUCUACGGCGGGGCCCACGAGACCCUGGGGCUGAGCGGCAACCUCAUCGCGAGCAGCUUCGGGAAGUCAGCCACUGCCGACAGAGAGUUUUCCAAGGAAGACAUGGCCAAGAGCCUGCUGCAUAUGAUCAGCAACGACGUCGGGCAGCUGGCCUGCCUCUACGCGAAGCUGCACUGCUUGGACAGGGUGUACUUCGGCGGCUUCUUCAUCCGGGGCCACCCCGUCACCAUGCGCACCAUCACCUACAGCAUUAACUUCUUCUCCAAGGGGGAGGUCCAGGCACUGUUCUUGAGACACGAAGGCUACCUGGGAGCCAUCGGAGCGUUUCUAAAAGGAGCCGAGCAAGACAACCCCAACCAGUACAGCUGGGGAGAGAACUACGCAGGCAGCUCUGGGCUCAUGAGCUCAUCCCCCGAGCUCUGCCCGUCGCAGCCGGCGAGGAGCGGCACUUUUGACUUACUGGAAAUGGACCGGCUGGAGAGGCCACUAGUCAACCUGCCACUCCUUCUGGACCCGUCUUCCUACGUGCCCGACACAGUUGACCUCACGGACGACGCCCUGGCCCGAAAGUACUGGCUCACCUGCUUCGAGGAGGCCCUGGACGGGGUGGUGAAACGCGCUGUGGCCAGCCAGCCAGGCUCUGUGGACGCAGCUGAGAGGGCGGAGAAGUUCCGCCAGAAGUACUGGGACAAGCUGCAGACGCUGCGACACCAGCCGUUUGCUUAUGGGACCCUGACCGUGCGCAGCCUUUUGGACACAAGGGAGCACUGUUUGAAUGAGUUCAACUUCCCAGACCCCUACUCCAAGGUGAAGCAGAGAGAAAACGGCGUAGCGUUGAAGUCUUUCCAGAGCGUCAUCCGCACCCUGGACGCGCUGGGCUGGGAGGAGCGGCAGCUGGCCCUCAUCGAAGGGCUGCUGGCCGGCAACGUCUUCGACUGGGGCGCCAAAGCUGUCUCCGAUGUCCUUGAAUCUGACCCCCAGUUUGGGUUUGAGGAGGCGAAGAGGAAGCUGCAAGAGCGGCCCUGGCUCGUGGACACCUACAGCAAGUGGCUUCAGAGACUGAAGGGGCCCCCUCACAAAUGUGCCUUAAUUUUCGCAGAUAACAGUGGAGUAGACGUCAUUUUGGGAGUCUUCCCCUUUGUCAGGGAGCUUCUCUCUAGAGGGACAGAGGUCAUCCUGGCGUGCAACUCGGGCCCCGCCCUGAAUGACGUGACCUACAGCGAGUCCCUCAUCGUGGCUGAGCGCAUCGCGGCCAUGGACCCCAUCAUCCACUCGGCACUCAGAGAAGAGAGGCUCCUGCUGCUGCAGACGGGCUCCAGCUCCCCGUGCCUGGACCUCAGCCGCCUGGACAAGGGGCUGGCCGUGCUGGUGCGGGAGCGCGGCGCGGACCUGGUGGUGAUCGAGGGCAUGGGCCGCGCCGUCCACACCAACUACUACGCGGCCCUGCGCUGCGAGAGCCUCAAGCUGGCCGUCAUCAAGAACUCCUGGCUGGCUGAGCGGCUGGGCGGCCGGCUCUUCAGCGUCAUCUUCAAGUACGAGGUCCCGACCGAGUGAGGCGCCCGCCCACUGGGCUGUUCUGCUCGUCACUGUCAGGAACGUACCUCGACUGCAACAGGGAGACUGCGUUCAAAUCCUCAUAUUUAUGUUGUGCUUCUAUGACUGAGCGGGCGCCCGCUGUGGGCACGGCACUCAAGGCAUUGAGGCCGGCGUGCAGGCCGCCGUGCUCGUGGUGGGGACGCAGCUCCGUCCCGUGAGACAUUCGUAUUGGGAUGUAUUUAGCUGUUAAAUAAUCUUUUCUAUAUAUAUAUAAAUAUAUAUAUAUAAAUACAUACAGAUACCUGUGACAGAGGCACAGGGCUCGCACCAGUAGUUUCUAGACAGGGCAGGCUGUUUUCACCUUGGCAGUUUGAUUCUGAGAAGGCAGCCCACCCGGAAGCCUUGCUGGUUGGGCACGUCCGGGCAGGUCCCUGCCGACCCUUCUGCCGGGAAGCUGAGUGGAUUCUUUCCCUUCAGUUACUUCAGGAACUCACAGGUCCACCUUGGCCUGUGAGCCGUGUCCGCUGCCCCAGCACUUGGCUUCCUGUGUCUCUACCCACCCCCUCCCCCACCUUGGGCCAGAGAGAGGCCACCCACCAGCGCAUCUGUCUGGAGGAGGUCGCCCUCUGCGUCCCCGGCCCUCCCCGGCCCCCUGUGCAUAGGAGGGACUGAACCGCGUGCUCAACGGCCCUCCUGACUUGAGAGGCGCCGUGAGCAUCGAGGGCUCUCGAGUUGGUGGCUGGCGCACACUCCUGCUCAGAAUGAUCAGACCAUUAGGUGUUGUCGCUGUGGCCUUGAGCCCGUGCCCAGAGCCCUGCCCGUGACAGGUGGGCAGGCGAGGGGCUCCCCACUGCUCCCAGCUCUUCCUCUAGCUGGAUAUGUCCUUCAGGCUGCAGACCUGAGCCACGGGCGCCACGUCACUGCAGAACUCACCUUGGAGUGAGCUGCAAGUGGGAGACGUUGGUUUCUUAGCAAGUGAAGACCUCGGAGCGAAGAGCCCCUGCCACCGUGGACCCUGGACCUUGAGGAACAGGGCUGUCACGUGGCACAGCGGAGCAGCCCCUGAGCCCUGAGGAGAGCCAGCUGCGGCCAGCACCCCCCAGGCUCCCUCGCCUCUGGAGAAUCCGGAAAUGCAAGGGCUGGGGUGAGGGCAAGGCCA